UAUGAAGCGUUCGAUUGCCCUGGCCUCAAAAGCGAAAUCGCUCGUCUUCAGGAAUCGCUGGUGGCAGCUGAACAAACUCUGGGUGACCGCGAGAUCGCCCUUGCCGCUGCAGAAACAAAGCUCAGUGAAGAGCAGGCACGUGCAUCGUUGGAGCAGCUGCAGCUCAGCGAGCAACAUGAACGUGAUUUGCUGCAUCUGAAGCAGCAGCAAGAACUGGUACUGCAGCAACUCAAAGAGCGCCAGCAGCAAGAGUUGCUGGAAAUUACUGCUCAACAUGACGAAAGAGCUGCCAGUGAGCAGAAGAAGCAUCAUCUGCAGAUCCAAACACUGCAGGAAGAGCACAGCAACUUGGUAUGCGAGUUGACAUCGGCUCAUAAAUCUCGGGAAGAAGAUCUCCAGGCACAAAUUUUGUGCGCGGAGAAGGAGAGCGAGAAGCUGAGGGAGCGCAACUCCAAGUUACAAGAGUCCCUCCUGAGUGACUCCGACCAUCGCCUUGUGGGCAUCCGCCAGCACUGCUCCGACCUGCAGAAAGAGGUGGAGUCACUGAAGUCGGUGGUGGAGAUGCGCAACAGCGACCUGCACAAGCUGAGGGCGCAGGUGGCGGGCAUGGAGCAGCUGGAGCGCGAGCUGGAGGCCGCCCGCCACCACGCCAACACCCUGAACGCCAAGACCGAGGACCUCAACGCGCAGAUCAACACUAAAUCCCAGACUGAGAG